AUGGCAAAUCAGUAUUUCCUAUGGCUUGCUGGUCAGGAGCAAGCAGGAGAAGAACCUUUAAUUCCUAUUGAGGAUCCUUCUACAGGCGAGAUCUUUGCAGAUUGUCAUGCAGCCUCAGCUAAAGAUGUCGACACAGCCGUUCAAGCUGCUCAUUCGGCAUACAAAUCCGGCAUUUGGUCGCGAGCAGGCCGUCAUGAGCGUGCCGAUGUUCUCGAGAAAUGUGCCGCGCUACUUUCAGAGUCUCUUCCGGAACUUAUAGCGCUCGAAGUACAGCAAACAGGUCGCGCGAUCCGGGAAAUGAAGGCCCAGGUUCCAUCGCUGGUCAAGUGGUUCAAAUACUACGCUUCUCUUUUGCGUGUCGAAGAGCGAUCAGUUCUUCCAACAACUGGGAAAUUACACAACUUUGUUGAUCGCGUGCCUUUAGGCGUCGUCGCACAGAUUACUCCGUUCAACCACCCUCUGUUGAUCGCGGUCAAAAAGCUGGCCCCGGCCCUCGCGGCAGGAAACAGUGUCAUCCUUAAGCCUAGCGAAUUAACACCCCUGACUUCCCUGCUUCUGGCAAAAAUCCUUCAUCGCGCGGGGAUACCCUCCGGCGUGCUGAGUGUCCUGCCUGGCUAUGGCAUGACUACCGGGAAGGCUCUGGUCUCCCAUUCGCUUGUACGAAAAGUCGAUAUCACAGGGGGUACUGUGGCUGGAAGGGCAAUUGGGUCGAUUGUUGGUGGAAACUUGUCCAAAUAUACAGCAGAGUUGGGAGGCAAGGCUCCGUUGAUAGUGUUCGAAAAGGCACAAAUUGACGCUUCUGUGAAUGGAAUCGCAUUUGGAAGCUACAUGGCCAGUGGUCAGACUUGCAUUGCCAGUACAAGGAUUAUCGUGGCCAACAGCAUUAUGGACCAGGUUGUGCAAAAGCUAAAGUUCAAGGUCGAGAGUAUCACAAAGCGCAUGGGGGCUCCUAGUAAUCCUGCCUCAAUGAUGGGGCCGCUGAUAUCUGAGAGGCAGUUGCAGAAUGUGGAAAGGCUAGUGGAAGAGUCUUUGGCAGAGUCUGCGACCGUCAUUAUGGGCGCAAAACGUAUGCUCGGUCGAAGUCUCCUAGACGAUUUCGAUUUUUCUAAGGGACAUUUCUAUGAGCCAACAAUUCUCACAUCAUCCACCGGCAACGCCAUUGUCAACUCCCCCAUCUGGCGCCAAGAAGCAUUCGGUCCGGUGAUUGUCGUUGUGGGAUUCGAUACAGAAGAGGAAGCCAUUUCAUUAGCAAACGACACCGAAUUCGGCUUGGGAGCGGGGAUUUGGACGGAGGAUCUUUCACAGGCUUUCCGAGUCUCUGAGCAAAUUGAGGCAGGACUUGUAUGGGUGAACACUCAUCAUCGAAAUGACCCGAGCAGCCCCUGGGGAGGUGUCAAGGCGGCAAGUGGUGUUGGAAGUGAGAAUGGCAUUGAUGCCUAUCAUGCCUACUCGAUGAUGAAGAGCACCAUUGUGAACUUUGCGACAACUGAGGAAAUUUUAGCUCAGGACGAUUGGUUUGCGGAUGGAUCGAAGGAAGUCAGAUACGGAUAA